AGCUUCCUCAAAGAGUGUGGAACAAAAAGUAUUUUGAGGGGAACUCUUCUGAGAGGUUUUACACCUGUUUAACUGCCCUUGUUGGAUUUUUUAGAAAAAAAUUAAAAUGGCUGGUGUGAGCAGCUGCAUGAAGUACUCUAUGUUCAUCUUCAACUUUUUGUUUUGGGUAUGUGGCUGCAUUAUUCUGGGAAUCUCUAUAUGGAUGCGUGUAAGCAAAUCUGCUCAAGAAGAACUCCACAUAGACAGCAGCCUGUUUGCCGGUGUUAAUGUUCUCAUCACAGUGGGCUCUAUCAUAAUGGUGCUUGGUUUUCUGGGUUGCUGUGGUGCUGUAAAAGAAAGCCAAUGCAUGCUCCUCUUGUUUUUCAUUGGACUGCUAAUGAUCCUGCUUCUUCAAAUUGUAGCAGGUAUUUUGGGAGCAGUGUAUAAAUCUCAGAUUGAAGAAAUCCUUGACAAGUCCUUAGCUGAGGAGAUUGCAUUGUUGAAAAGUACUACAAGCAAUGAUAAAAACUUUCGAGACAAUUUUCACAAAUUUGAGAUACAGAACAAAUGUUGCGGUUUGCUUAAUGGCCAAGAGGACUGGAAACCAAACCUUCAAACAUAUCAUGGCUGUGAAUGUAGCAAUGAAGACUUAGGGACAAAGUUCUGCACAGGGUCCAUGUAUACGAAGUCUUGCAAAGAAGUAAUAAUGGCUUUCUUGAAGAACAAUAUGGUCAUAGUCAUGGGGGUAGCAUUUGGCCUGGCAUUCAUUGAGGUUCUUGGUCUUGUGUUUUCAAUGAGCCUUUACUGCCAAAUCCAGAGAAAAUGAAACCAUGAAAGUGUCAGAAAUAUGUCACCAGCCAAAUGAGAAACCUUUGUAGAUUGAGACAUGGAUGUUUGGUUUGGCACUCCCAAAUAAAUGCCAGAAGUAGCUGUGAUGGUAACAGCCGAAAACUGAUGGAUAAAGAUUCUUUGUGACUUAUGAAAUACAAUCUGUUUAAAAUUAGAUAAAUUAAUGCUCUGUCACUGGAUUUCUUUAAUGCAAUACAUACCUAUGUGUAUACAUUUUGUCGCCUUUUUAACUUGAAGAUUACUCCUCAACAAAAUGAAGCAUUUAACUUGCCACAUAUUGUAUUGACAUAAUGCAGUAGCAUUUUCCAGACUUCUGAUAAGCAAGAUAUACCUUUUUUGUUUAGAAUUAAAACUGGAUGCACACACUUCACCCUUACAACUGGAAAAUGUUUACUUAUCACGGGUGGAGAAUCCAUGUCCCUCCAAAGGUUGUUGAACUCAAAUUCACAUCAACCCUAGCCAGCAGGACCACUAGUCUGGGAUGAUGGGAGCUGUAGUUCAGGAACAUCUAGAGGGCACCAGGCUAGUCCCUUGACUAAUAAAAGUACAAUUGGCCAGUCCAAAGGAGUCCUCCCAUCUGUGUUUCUGCAUUUCACUACCUUUUCCAGAUAUACCUGAUGAAGUCAAAUGAUCUGACCCAGUAGAGCCUGGCUUGAAAGGAUGCAAGGCUAGAGCAAUGAUUCAUGGAGAAUUGCAGAGACAUAGAUGAGUGCAUAUUUUGGGUACACAUGAGCUUUUCAUUGUUUACAGUACAACCCUAUACAUGUCGACUCAAAAGUGAGUUCUGCUGAGUUCAGUGGGACCUACUCCAAGGUAAGUGUGAGACUUCAGCCUUGAUUAAUUUUUUCUCAUGGGAUGCUAAUGCCUCUCUGGUAGCACAUCAGCAUUUUUGUGUGAAAUUUUCUAUUACCUAUUUUUAUAUGUAAUUUUGCCUAAUAUACACAUUUUUGCAAAGCGCUUGU